CUAUUUGUCUGAAAUAGCGGCUCUUAGCGAAAAUCAUGACCAAAUUGUAUUGCAACCAGUCUUUGAAGUUUUUUCCCAUAUUCACUGAACUUGAAGAUCUUCGUUCGACUUUUAUCACCAACUGUGUCUUUAACAUUUUUCUUAGUUACACCGCCUUCAUGUUGAAUAUCGUGACAAUCUACGCCAUAUACAAAACUUCAACAAUGCCAAACACUUUGAAAACUCUGCUGGUAAGUCUUGCCUGCUCGGAUGUUGCUGUUGGUUUGUUUAUUCAACCAUUUUACACUUUCUUUCUGAUCAACUGGCUUCGACUUGACAUUCCUGGCUGUAACACUCAACAAGUGUGGACGAUUUCAAGUAGAUUAUUUUCAGGUGCUUCGCUUCUUGGUGUCGUGGCUGUAAGUGUAGAUAGGUUCUUAGCUGUUCAUCUUCAUCUCAGAUACCAGGAGCUUGUCUCUCACAUGCGUGUUGUUGUUAUGGUGGUCAGCAUAUGGGUGUGCAGUGGAUUUUUUUCUUUGAUGAUAUUGUGGGGGCCUUUCAAUGCAUGGAACCUUAUAAGAACAAUUACUGCUGCUUUCGGUUUUAUUAUCACACUCGUGGUGUAUAUCAGGAUAUAUCAAACUGUACGACGGCACAAGAAUCACAUUCAGUCCAUGCAAAUACGAGACGAAGCUCAGUCUGAGGAGAUAAAAAACUUAACUGUUCUCAUUAAAUCCACAGUUGGCAUAUUCUAUGUAUAUAUCGUGUUUUUAAUUUGUUAUUUGCCUUUUAUAAUUUGCAUGGCUGUUAUUCAAAUCUAUGGCUCGAAUAUCGCUUUGAAGAAACUUUUACUUUACUCAUUGACUCUCAUGUAUCUAAAUUCAUCUUUGAACCCUGUUAUUUACUGCUGGAAGAUGAGACACAUUCGACACGCUAUCAUAGACAUACUACGAAAGAUGCCUUGGAUCAGCAAUUGGCCAUUUCGGGUAAACUACAAUCGGUCAUCGCGUGUCGUCCAUAUUGAUAACUGAUCCCCUCUGUGUGGCUUACAAAGACUAUACACUGUAUUUGUUUACAGCAAAGUGAAAUGGGGACAAACGAGAUUGUACAUAAACUUAGUGAUAUGACCCGGCAGCGAAAUAAUCGCGUAGUUCUAAUUUUAAGUACACAAUAAAUCGAAUAAUCUGUAGUGUGACAGGGAAAGGCUAAUUUGA